AUGUGCGGUGCGGCAUGGGGCGUCACUCGGUCGGGCGUGGGGGUGAGGAUGGGGGAGGUGGGGGAGGGAAGAGUGAAUGGAGUGCAGUGUGGAGACCUCGGCGUGGAACUAGGUAUCGUGGGCACACGAGACUUGGGACAAAGUCACUACUUUACGUCCUACAGCUGCCAGCUUUCGCGGAAGGCUGCACAUCAUCUGCCUGUCCUACUCUACAUACUGGCCAAUCAGGGUGCUCCUGGUAGUAAUAUUUUCGGGGGUGUUACUGCAACAAGAGAGCGUCAGUCGGUGGUGACAGUUACGUUACGCUGCCUCACAUUCGCAACGUCGGACGGGGGUGUCUCAGCUGCAGGGCCAGCUUCUCGCCAAGCAUAG